AUGGCUCCGCCAAAAUCAGGCCUACCGUAUGAUCCGUAUCCGCACUAUGAUCGCACAAUCUUCGCCUCAGCAGGCCUUCCCUAUGGUCUCGGCCGUCCCUGGGAUCAACUCCCUCCACGCCCUCCCCGUGGAGAAGACCCCCCUGUUCGCUUCAAGAAUUUCAACACACCGCCUCAUGUGCACGACUUCCUUAUCUUCACAUCCUACGAAUUCCGUCUGAUCUUCGCUCUACUUGGAUACGUCAACGUCACCCAAUCCGGCCGUCCCUACCUAGAGAUCACUCCCAACAAGACGCUCCGAUGCUUCACCGCAUCUACCGCAUAUACUCAUCCCCGAGGCCUCGAUCAUCGCGUCGUCAGCCAAAUAGCCUACUUGCGUACUUACGGCCGCUCAGGCGCUUCGAGGAUCGCAGACAUCUUCAACCCACGGUACGGCGUUUUCGAAAACCCGGUCGAGAAGAUCCACCCAUUGUAUCGGGAUGAAAUACCACCUGCGCAUGGAAUGAUACGAGAGAUGCGUGCGCAAGGACAGCAGGCGUACUGGAUGGAUGAGAUGCGUGAUGCGUGGAAAGAAUGGUAUAAUUCCGGAGGGAGAAUGCCCCAUCAGGAAACGCCGAAGGAACUUUGGAUUGCGGCACCCCCACCGAUGGAGCGCUUUAUGGAUGGUAGGAAUGUGAAGCGCUGUCAUAGGGAUGCUGAACCGCAUAGGAACCACGGCAUGCCGAAUUACACGAGUAAUUUGUCGGGUAGGAAUGCGGAGUAUACUCUCAUGGGCCCGCUGAUGGAUGAUGGGAGUGGAGGGUACGGAAGCAUAGAGCAUAGGACCGGACACCACGGGAGCGGACACCACGGGAGCGGACCCCAUGAGGGUGGACAUCAUGGGAGUGGACAUCAUGGGAGUGGACAUCAUGGGAGCGGACGUCGUGGGAGCGAACUACUUGGGCUUGGGAAUUAUGAAGAUCGACGCCGAAGCGAGCGCCGUCCGAGUGAGGGAGCCCGUGGAAAUCGUGGAUAUGGAGAUGAGCGCCGUCCGAGUGGAGGACCCCGUGGAAAUCGUGGAUAUAGAGAUGAGCGCCGUGGAGGGUAUCGCGACGACGACUUCAUGAGCGAUGACUAUGAUAGUGACGACUAUGGCCAUGGAGGACAUCGAAGCAAGCGACACCAUAGCCGAGGACGUGGGCAUUGA